GGAUUAGAAACAUCUGGGCCGAUAUUGGACCGUGAUUAAGAAAAGUUAAUUAUCGGCCCAUUACAAAAACUAUAAAUAGAGGUCAAAGAUAACCGUAGGUAGGAACAUUUAAUGUGCUUUUAUGUUGCUUUGGUACUUUCUCUUUCUAUCUCUAUAAGUGGAACUAUGAAUUGACUUGAGCGUCGGAGUACUUUUAGCAGGUACCCGACCGGUUGAGAUCAGCAGGAGGGAGUGUGCGUUUGGAGGCCGGACGGUGAGGAGGAACGGUUGAGAUCAAUGAGUAAUUAUGUAGGGAGAUCUUAUCCAUCUGAAACAUUUUGUGCGUUUGGAGGCCGGACGGUGAGGAGGAACGACUGAGAUCAGUGAGUAAUUGUGUAGGGAGAUCCUAUCCAUCCGAAACAGACCCCAUUCUACAUGGCUCAACACCAACCGCCACCACUGGUUUCUCGAUUCACCACCACUUCAACCCAUCACCACAACAGCAGCACCGUCACAACCCCAACAGCUCUUCUUCUUUGACCCACGCUUCUUCCAAAGUGCGUUCUCUGAUAAUUGGAGCUGGAAUUAUAAAUUACGUAAAGGGUAAAUAAGACUUUGCACAACCGAUCCCUCCAAAUCUCUUCACUUUGACAGUUGACAAAAAAAGCAUGUAUCCCGCAAAUCCAUUCAAAUCGUCGCUUUCAUUUCUUCUCAAAUGAACAUAUAAUUCACUUCCUUUCCUCGCUCUCAAUCACCUCUGAACAGUAAAUUCUGUUCAAAUAAACACAACAUAAAGUGUCUUUAAGGGUGAGUAAACAGACAAACACUAACUGACAAGCACACUUCCAUAAGUGCAUAAUUAGAUGCUUGACACAUCAACUAAAAUGGGACUGUCCAACAGGUGACUGCAUAUAUAUAUAUGAAGGCCUUCUCUGCAUAUAUUCCUCAUGAUUUAAGCUUGAGGGCAAAGUUUACAUAGUUAUACUUAGGUAAAGAGAAAAUGGAUAGCAGUAGUGAACANCAUAGUCUGCACAUUUUCUUCUUUCCCUUCUUGGCUUAUGGUCAUAUAAUACCAAUAGUUGACAUGGCUAAAUUAUUUGCAGAAAAGGGUGUGAAGGCCACCAUUAUCUCCACACCAGGCAGCGCACCUUUUAUCUCUAAAGCCAUUGGAAAAGCAAAAACUGACAACCAGAUCCAGAUCCAAACCAUCAACAUCUCUUCUGGAGAGGUUGGUUUACCUUAUGACCUUGAAAAUACUGAUUCAAUCACUAACCCAUAUUUGACGGAAAGUUUUUUUUUAGCCACCUCUUUGCUACAAGAGCCACUUGAACAACUAUUGCACAAGCAACGUCCGAAUUGCGUUGUUGCUGAUAUGUUCUUCCCAUGGGCAACUGAUUCUGCCACCAAAUUUGGAAUUCCUAGGCUCGUCUUCCAUGGAACUAGUCUCUUCUCACUCUGUGCUUCAACGUGUAUGCAAUAUAUCGACCCUAACAACGAUGUUUCUUCCGAUUCUGAGUCCCUCACCAUUCCUAAUCUUCCGGGUGAGAUUAAAAUAGCAAGGACGUCGUUGAUGUCUUAUGGCAUGGGUGACCAAACGGGCAUGAUCAAAUUGUUGAGGGAAGCAAAGGAAUCAGAGUUGAGAAGCCAUGGGGUUGUUGUUAAUACCUUCUACGCACUCGAGAAGGAUUAUGCGGAUCUUUACAGCAAGGUGCUUGGAAGAAAAGCAUGGCAUAUUGGUCCCUUAUCUCUUUGCAACAAGGACGUCGAAGAAAAGGCACAUAGAGGAAAGGAGGCGUCUGUGAAUGAAUACGAGUGUCUAAAAUGGCUUGACACAAAGAAACCCAACUCAGUUGUUUACGUAUGCUUUGGAAGCACAACACAGUUACCUGAUUCUCGACUUAGAGAGAUUGCUAUUGGUCUCGAGGCUUCAGGGCAACAAUUCAUCUGGGUGGUGAGGAAAAGCAAAGAAGAUGAACUUGAAUGGCUACCUGAUGGAUUUGAGAGAAGGAUGCAAGGUAAGGGAAUAAUCAUAAGAGGGUGGGCACCUCAGGUGUUAAUUCUUGAACACAAGGCAACAGCAGCAUUUGUGACCCAUUGUGGAUGGAAUUCAACCUUGGAAUCAGUCACUGCUGGGGUUCCCAUGGUAACUUGGCCUAUUUUUGCCGACCAAUUUUUCAAUGAGAAGUUGGUAACAGAAGUCCUUAAAAUUGGGGUACCUGUUGGUGCCAAAAAGUGGCAUAAAUUAGAAGGAGAUAGUGUAUCAUGGGAUGCGGUGGAGAAGGCGGUGAAGAGAAUAAUGACUGGGGAAGCAGCUAUUGUAAUGAGGAACAGCGCAAAGAACCUUUCGAAGCAGGCUAGGCUUGCCAUGGAAGAAGGAGGAUCUUCUGACUCUGAUUUGAUAGCUUUAAUUGAAGAAUUAAGUUCCAUGACUUUCUGACUUACCCGUCACUGCAAGAUGCAUUGAAGAUUUAGAUUUUCUAUUCAAGUAGGUUAUUUUCUUUUCAAAAUAAAUGUAUUCUUAAGAAAAUUAUGCAUAUGGGUUGCUAGA